AUGGCUUUUACCACAGCAUUAUGUGCACUUCUAUCGCAUGAACAGUACCAGUCCUUUACACUCCUCUACUAUAUUGUAGCGGCUCUCGUACUCUACGAGGUCGGCUGGAUAUUUCAUUGUCGGUUCUUCCACCCGUUUUCAACCAUUCCCGGGCCAUUCCUUGCCUCUUUCUCCCGCUUAUGGAUUGGAGCGUCCCUCGCCGGUGGUCGAGCAGAACAUACGCAAAGAGACCUUCAUGCACGUUAUGGCCAUCUAGUGCGCAUCGCCCCGAACGAAGUCGCCAUAUCCGAUCCUUCAGCUGUCAAGAUUAUAUACAACAUCAAGUCUGGAUUCACCAAAACAGACUUUUACCCACCGUUUGCACCAAACAUCAGUCCUCACGGCGACCAUUUCACUCAAUUGGAUGAGGCCAAGCACGCCGAGAGGAGGAAGUUCGUGAAUUCUGUUUACUCCAUGUCGACAAUAUUGGAGAGUGAGCAAUAUAUUGACGCAUGCUCGGAUGUGUUCCUGGAAAAGAUGGCCCACUUCGCGAAGACGAGGAGCCACAUUGAUAUGGGUGAAUGGAUCCAAUGGUACACCUUCGACGUAAUUGGGGAGCUCUUCUUCGGGCAGCAAUUUGGCUUUAUGCGGGACGAGCACGAUUAUGGUCACUAUAUUGAGAGCCUGGACACCCUUUUGCCAGGAAUUGCACUCUCCUGUGUCCUUCCAUCCUACCUGCGUCCCUUCCAUUCGACUUUAGGCCUUCUUUUCCCAGCAAUCCGGAAAUCAAUCAGCGGCUUUGAUGAGAUUCGCGCGGCCGGAAGACAUUGGACCAAUGUUCGGCAGAACCAGAUGAAUGCGGGCACUGUGACCGGACGAGUCGACCUGCUAGACAAGUUCUUCAAGAUCAAGGAGAGUAAAGAGGGCUUUAGUAUCCCCGAAAUUCAGAACGAAGCCUGCGUGGCCAUAUUUGCGGGUAGCGACACUACGGCUAUUGCGAUCCGUUCGAUUCUGUACCAUCUUAUGAAGAACAUGACAUGCAUGGAGAAGCUGGUGGCAGAGAUUGACGAGUUCGACUCUCGCGGAAAACUUGGGAGGACACACAUCACCUAUACCGAGGCAAUGAAAAUGCCUUAUCUGGUUGCAUGCUGCAAGGAAGGUAUGAGAUUGCACCCGAGCGUUGGCCUUGGAAUGCCACGAAACGUACCACCAGGAGGAGCCACAAUUGCCGGUCAUUAUUUCCCUGAAGGCAGCCGAGUCUCCAUGAACGCGGCCGUGGUCCACUACGAUCAGUCGGUCUUUGGAGAUGAUGCUGCACAGUUCAAUCCAGACAGGUGGAUCAGCGACGCAGCCUCUGUAAUGGAGCGACAUCUGCUGCAUUUUGGGGGAGGGGCGAGAACUUGCAUCGGUAAAAAUAUAUCCCUUGCAGAGAUGCAUAAGCUCAUCCCACAGCUGCUUAGAAGGUUUAGUAUCCAACUUGUGGAUCCUUCUAAGGAAUGGAAGACGGACAACUUUUGGUUCAAUAAGCAAACAAAUAUACAUGUCCGGAUAGAUUAUCGAAAAGGAAGGUCGGAGAUGUAG